CUUUUUACGUUUAUUAUAAGGUUUCAUUUUGACGAGAAACGCAGGCAAAUAUUUUGUUUACCGUUUCUGGCAAGUUAUUGUUAGGGUUAUUGGAUUUUAGCGGUUACUUAUCGAUGUGGUCAAAUAACGAACUGCUUCGUUGCACGUUAGAACAAACGGUCCCGUUGGACGUUUAGCCACGUUAUUUUUGUUCUUUCGUUUCUACAAUGAAUCGUCGGAUACGUUAUUGUUCGACUAGAUACAAUGUCGAUGGAUGUUUUCUUGUUUUCAGUGCACAUCGUGUGCUGUUACAUAAGAAGACCAUUAUGAAAAUAUGAUUUGAACAAAUCCUAGCCCUGUUCGCGUAACUUAGCCAUGAAAAUCAAAAAGUUUUCCUCAACAUGCAAAUGUUACCAUUUACACAUAAAUUGAUUAACAUUUUAGAUGUUAAUUUAACGAAAAUCAUCAGAGUAAUUCUGGAAUUCAGUAUUAGAACUGUUUUAGUAUACUUUCUAUUUGCCAAAAAGAUGACGGCUGAUUCAGAGAAAGAUAUUAUUCAUUGCUUAAUAUGCAAUAGUAAAGUUGGUGUGUCUACUAGGAAUAGUAUACGUAUUUUUAAUGAAAACUCUGUAACAUCAUCAGAGAAACCACUUAUAGAUACAAUAUGUACUGUUUUGGAGACAGAUUUAAAUGAGGAGAAUGUUCAUUCUCUUGUUAUAUGUAAAAAAUGUUAUAAAUUAUUCAAUGAGGUUGAUGAACUUGAAAACCGAUUGACAGAGGUAAAAGUAGAACUUUUUAAUAAUUAUAAGAAGACUAUGAAAAAGAUAUCUGAUAUUCAAAAUGAAGAAGAGUACAAUGAUCAUGAUUACAUAGAAAAUAUAGAAAAUACAGAAAAUACAGAAAGUCAGGGUACAGAUGUAGAAAUGAAAUAUGCACAAAGGGAUGAAGAAGAAAUGCAGGAGUCUGAGGGUGAAAUAGAAAGAUUAGAAGAAGAAGAAGAAGAAGAUCCUACCUGUGAACCAGCUGAAAUUAUUCUUAAAGUUGAACAAGUAGCUGAAACAAGUAAUAAUGAAGAAAGAAAGAGGAUAAAAAGGUCAAAAGUUUCAACAAAAGUUGAAAUCCCUCAAGAACAGCUGGUGACCAGAGAUGGUUCAAUAUAUACCUGUUUAUUAUGUACAAACGAAGAUGAUAAAGCUGUAGGAGACGCAAAAUCAAUUAUCGCACACAUGAAAAGUGUACACGAAACUCGUUUAUACAUCUGCGACAUAUGCGGGGAUGAUUUUAAAAAAAGAAACGAACUAUCUGUUCACCUUGAUGAUCACGUUGCAAGGGAGGAGGGAGAUUUUCAGUGUGAGAUAUGUAACAGAAUAUUUAGUAAUUUGCGGUUGUUCAGAAUUCAUAAACGGAUACAUUAUCCCCAAGUGAAAUCAUGGCCAUGUGAAACGUGCGGUAAACGAUAUAGUUCCAGGAAUUUAUUGGAGGAACAUAUCAAUACCCAUACAGGUGUUCGCCCGUACGCGUGCGAGAACUGUGGAAAAGAUUUUGCUUCAAAAUAUACAUAUAAAGCACAUGUAAAAACACACGAAGUACGACCUCGUCCAUACGAGUGUUCCCAGUGUAAUAAAACAUUCUUGAGUCAACAAAAUCUUAAUCAACACGAAAGAACUCAUAAUGGCGUGAAGGAAUAUGUUUGUCAUCAGUGCGGAAAAGCAUUUGGUUCACCGCACAAUCUGGAAGUGCACAAUAUAGUGCAUACAGGCUACAAACCGUAUAUAUGUAGGGUAUGCGGUAAAGCGUUUGCACGCAAAGCUGAAAUAAGAGAUCACGAGAGGACGCACACUGGAGAGAAACCAUAUCAGUGUGAAUUUUGUGGAGCCACAUUUAGUCAAAGAUCAAACUUACAAUCGCAUAAACGCGCAACGCAUUACAAUGAUAAACGGUAUAAAUGUGACGAUUGCGGGAAAGGAUUUAAGCGACGAAGGCUGUUGGAUUAUCAUAUAAAAGCAGCUCAUACUGGCGAAAGGCCAUAUAAAUGCGACGAAUGUUCAGCGACGUUCGUUUAUCCUGAACAUUUCAAAAAGCAUAUGCGCAUACAUACCGGAGAGAAACCGUAUUUGUGUGAGGUUUGUGGUAAAGCAUUUAAUAGCAGAGACAAUCGGAAUGCGCAUCGAUUCAUACACAGCGAUAAAAAACCAUAUGAAUGUUUAGUAUGCGGUAUGGGUUUCAUGAGAAAACCAUUGUUAUACGCUCACAUGCAAACUCAAGGUCAUUUGAAUGAUACUAUUGUAGUUAAUCAACCCCGGCUUACUACAGAAGAAGAUCAAGUCAUGGCGCUUCCUGACGGUAACGUGGAACUUUUAAUGGACGAAGCAGAAAACGAUCAGUUGGAGGAAACUGAAUUGUACGUGACUGAAUUAAAAGAUCAUGUAAUUAUACAAGAACAAAAUGACGACCAGAUAUAUAACGAAGAAGAUGUAUUAAAUAUCCCAGCGGAAGAAACCGUAGACGAAGAAGUGAAUCAUCUCGUUGAUGGAGAGAUGACCUUUACUGAACCCGAGGAGAUGGAGUGUAAAGUCGAGGAGACGGAACACGUGGAAGAAGUGUAUACUUAUAAUGAAACUGAGGACGGUGAAACAAUAGUUGUACCAGCUAGCUCAGAGUACAAAGAAGUAGUAGACGACAAGAACGCGGUUCGGUUAGUUCAAAUUCGGUUUCCAACAUCGGUGGGCGGUGAAGGUCGAAGUUGGUUAAGCUUAGUACCAAACACAUGAAAUUUGCUAUCAUUAUUGGUAUGUACUAUAGCUUUCAGGGGAUCGCUUAAUAAAUUUCUACUAAUAAUGUAAAGUUGACAUUAAUAAGCGCGUAUCCGAUAUACAUAAAUAAGUGGCAAACAAAUAUACCUUAUACAUAUAAGAUAUGAGUGAUGAAAAUUUAACUGCAACAUUAUGCGAUAGAUUUAGGUUUAAAUAUAUUCUGUAAUUUUUAAAAGCUAACCACACAUUAGUCUGAUUAAAUAAUACAUUGCGGUUGCGUUUAAUUGAUACAGAAGGCACGAAACUUAACUUUUAAUUACAAAGUAUGGCGUCUAAGCUAAGAGUCUUAAACAUGCUUUUUCUUUUUUUCUUUUUUUUUUUUGGAAAAAAUGAUUGGAAGAAAUUUCUUCCUUCAGAAGAGCACAAGGAAGAUAUUGAAGAUGAUAACGUCGAAUUAGACGGUUUAGAAUUAUUUAUCGUACAGCCAGUCAAUAGUGUAAUUUUAAUUGUAAUUUACAAGUCGCGUUUAUACUUUUAUUUCUUAACUUUUCGAUACUUUAUAAAGUCCCGUAUGCAUUAAUACAAAAAUUGAUUGUUCGUUUGAAAACGAAUCAAUUGAAUACGGACUCGAUUCUUUCAUUUAUAUCUGUUGACAGCGAUUUUCACUGUUAGACCGAGUCGUAACACAUGUUGCGUGUUUAUUUUUUUACGCAUUUAACGUAUUAAUUACAGCUUACAUCAUGUAACAAAGAAAUUCUGAAAAUCUUGAGCAAAAAACAAUAAACUGUAUUUAUACACCUCUGUAAUUACCGCUCUUCUAAUAAUUAUUUAAAUUUAAUUUAACUACGCUUUAGAGGAUUCCGAUUAAUACAAACAUGUAAUUGCGUUCUUUGUAAAGCCGCAUGUUUCUGAUAACAUCACACAAGCUGUCGUUGAAUAUUUAAUUUCUUUGUAUUAUUACGUGUAAUAUUCUGUAUAAAUAUUAAUACAAACGGGUACAAAUAAAUAUAAUGUUCUU